AUGCCUCGCUUCAGCUUCUCUGCCCUCUGGGCGGCGCCAGAGGUGUGCCCCGUCAGCAAAAAGGCACGCAGCAUACCCGUCCUCAACCCCGUCAACAUGUACGGGCGAGUCUUUUUCUUUUCCUGGAUGGGCUUUAUGCUCGCAUUCUGGGCCUGGUACACAUUCCCACCGCUCCUCACCGUCACCAUCAAAAAGGACCUGCACCUCACCGACGUCCAAGUCGCCAACUCCAACAUUGUCUCCCUCGUCGCCACCCUCCUCCUGCGCUUCGCCACCGGUCCCCUGUGCGACCAGUUCGGCGCCCGCCGCGUAUUCCUCGGCCUGCUCCUCCUCGGCUGCCUGCCCGUCGGCCUGGCGCCCCUCGUCCGCUCCGCCAACGGCCUCUACGUCGCGCGCUUCUUCCUCGGCGUCCUCGGCGCCACCUUUGUGCCCUGCCAGGUCUGGUGCACUGGCUUCUUCGACAAGAACGUCGUCGGCACCGCAAACGCCCUCGCCGGCGGCUGGGGCAACGCCGGCGGCGGCAUCACCUACUUCAUCAUGCCCGCCGUCUUUGACUCGCUCGUCGCGCGCCAGGGCCUGAGCCCCUCGACGGCCUGGCGCGUCACGUUUGUGGUGCCGCUCGUGUGCCUGGUCGCCUGCGCGCUCGGCAUGAUGCUGCUCUGCCCGGACUCGCCCGUCGGCGACUGGGGCGCGCGCGGCGAGCGCAUCCAGGAGAACCUGCGCGUCCUCCAGCUGCGCGCCGGCAGCACCGACACGGGCAUCAUGACGCCCAGCGACACGUACUCGUCCUCGGAGGAGGAAAAGGGCAGCGCCAAGCUGCCGGCUCCGGCCGGCGGCAUCUCGCACCAGCAGGCCAUGGACAUUGCAAAGGGCGAAGUCGUCGUCAAGCCACGCUUCAAAGACUCCUUCUCCAUCCUGCUGUCGCCGCAGACCAUCUUCCACGUCGCCACGUACGCCUGCUCCUUUGGCGGCGAGCUCGCCAUCAACUCCAUUCUCAGCUCCUACUACAAGCACAACUUCCCGCACCUCUCCCAGACGGCGGCCAGCAACUACGCCGCCAUCUUCGGCUUCCUCAACGUCGUCACGCGGCCGCUUGGCGGCGUCGUCUCCGACGUGCUCUACAGCAGGAGCGGCGGCAACCUCUGGUUCAAAAAGGCCUGGAUCACCACCUGCGGCGUGCUCACCGGCGCGCUGCUCGUCGUCAUCGGCCGCGUGGACCCGUCCGCGGCCCAUGGUGGUAUGAGCAUCGGCGUCCUGGUCGCGCUGGUGAUGCUCAUGGCCAUCUUCCUCGAGGCCGGCAACGGCGCUAACUUUGCCCUCGUGCCGCACGUCCACCCUGCGGCCAACGGCAUCGUGUCGGGCGUGACGGGCGCAGGCGGCAACCUCGGCGGCGUGCUGUUUGCGAUCGUGUUUCGCUUCAUGGACCACGGGCGCGGGUACGCCCACGCGCUCUGGGUCAUUGGCGUGAUUCACAUGGCGCUGAACCUGGCGGUGUGCUGGAUAGCACCGCUGCCAAAGGGCCAGGUGGGAGGCCGAUGA